CCUCAUCCGUGCAUUUUAAUUUUUGCUAUAGGAAGGGAAUGUAUUUUCAAUGGAGUUAUAUUCAUACAUGCUCCUGUGUUUUUAUAUAUUUCUAAUUUCUAUUUCUAAUAUGUUUCCAUUCAAUAUAUAUUGUCCAAUACAAGAAUUAUGUUUUUCCAUUAUACCUUCAUCAAGAUAAAUAGUGUUUUUUGUCCUACAAUAUAACCCCUACCCAUCCCCCCGUACCCAUCGGGGAUAAGUUCCCGGAUUUUGCAUGGAUAAGGAAACCACAGAUAAUACUGAACCCUACUGAAAUGAUAGACUUCUGGAUGAAGAAUACCACAGAGUUGUGCUGAAAAACCUAGAAAAUGGCUACAGAUGACAUAUUUUGUCAGAUAUGGACAAAUGAAAUGUGAAUAGCACUUCUGCAAAUACAGAAAUCAUACUGUACUAAUUCAAACCAUUCAAAUACAUCUUGAAGUUGUAUCUUGCUUCUUUCCUCCACCAUAUAAAGCCAUAUAGAACCUUUUUUUUAUUCCGGUAUAUGGCUAUAGUCUGAAACAAAAGUGUCUCCAAACCAAGAGAGUCUAUACAGCAGGCUAAAAUGAACACAUUCUUCCCAUUCCCAUGACAAUUCUUUUGUCAGUACCAGUACCACAAAUAUUCGGAACCUUAACUUUUAUCACCCCCAGUGAUAACCGGUGUUAAGGGAAUAUAUAGCACAUCCUUUUCCUUUCAAACAUUCCACAUUCCGGGUCUAGACCCUCCUUCAGCUGCUGGGAUUAGCAUCUGACAGAGCUGAUGCAGAGCUGGGUGAAAGAGUUAAAUAGAACGGCAGAUACAGAAAUUGGUGAAGGCAUCCAUUAUUGCUUAUCCCAUGCUGCUUAAUGAUAUACAUCUGAUACCUGUGACCUGUUGCAAAGGAGGAGCAGGUACAGCUGGUAGUCACUAGUAAACAGAUUCUUAAGACACUUAGAGUAAUAUAAUACCAAAACAAGCUGACUGCUGCAUUUUUUGUUGAUAGUUUUGAUAUAAUGUUGCUGUGCUUUAAAGGAGGUGCACAAUUUUGAAUAUUUCCUGGCUAAUAAGCCUGAGUCAAUAGCUCUUCAUUGAGAGAUUUUAAAAGCUUUUUUUAUGUAAUCAGCUAAAUUCUGGAGAAAUGGAAAGGCUGCUACAUGUCACUUAAAAACUCUGACCUCUAAGAGAUGGACUUAUUUCGGAUUAUCUUUGCUGAUGCAUUAUUUUCUAUCUUGAGUUGUUUUUUCCCCUUGUCAUUUAAAUCUUAAUAGUUUAUCAACGCGAGGAUAAAAGGCUUGUUAAACUUCAGAAACUGAAAGAGGUUUUGACACUUGCUUUAUUUAUUUCUUUAUUCAUUUUGGAAUAAAACCUUGAAAACUAGCUCCUUGGUAUAAUUGGGAAGGCUAUGUCACUUGACUCCUGCAAAAUAACACUUAAAGGCAGCCUGCAUUUUAUGCAAAACAAAUACGUUAGAUGUUUUCUGCUUCUUUCAUGUGUUUAACUGCUGCUAUUAAACAUCAGCUAAAAAAAGAAACCUCAUGCAAACUAAACUGGGAUCAAGGACAGCACUCAUGGUUUCACAGGGCUUAAAGUCGUAGAUUUGUAUAUCAAUGCAUCUUAUAGCCUUCUUUGAAAAACAUGCUUUGGGAGCACUUUUUUGUGUAUGCUUUUAUGUUAAGGGAUUUCUUGAUUUUAAAAAACACAAUAAAAUUCAUGAAAUCACCAAACAUCAACAGACAGCUUGAAAGCACAUAUAAACAAGGGAUUCGUGUCAUAUUUAUGUAGUUAUUGUUACCAUAAUGUUGUAUAUCUAAGAAGUCAAUGGGGAAAAGAACCCGAGUGGCUUUUCGAAAGUAAGAGUGAAGUAGCAUAGGCUGGAUAUAAAUCUGCAAUCAUAUCAGAAUUGCAUGAAAAUAUGUUGAAAAUCUCAUGAAUUUCUUCUCUGCAAAAGUAUAGUAUUGGAGUGAUUCCAAAAAUAAAAUAAAGAGAAGUUGCCAUUGGACAUUAAAUUAUUUCUGAGGGAGAGAAGCAUGCAUCAAAUCACACCAAAUUUGGCCACAAAAGACAUAAUCAUCCCAUCUAUGUCUUUCAAUAAGAAAAUCUAGAAAAACAAAGUCCAAUUUACAGAGGACAAGGAAGAGUCGUUCUCCCCCUGGCUUCCCGUUAGAAGGAUAGGCCCUGCCCCCUUUAGGCCUUGCUCACUUCGUGUACUAGCACACACACACCCCAGCCACAAUGUCUGAGGGGUCACUUAGGUCUCUUCCACACUGUCUAUAAAAUACAGAUUAUCUGAUUUGAACUAAAUAAGAAAGCACUGGAAACUUACAGGGUAUAUAACAUGAUAUAUAACAUGAAUGGGAAGCAAAUAUAAACCAAAGUAGUGGUUCCAAAACUUUCCUUAUCAGUACUGUUCUCAAAGAUUAGAAGCACCUUUUUUAGGUCAAUUUAGAUUAUCACUUCUGUGCCUUGUAUGAUAUACCAUACUUUCAAAGUGAGCUAAUACAUUUUUCAGUUUGUUUUCUUUAUGCAAGUAGGUGCGCGUUGACCUUCCAAACAGCCAAGGGGUUCUAGCUGCUUUCAUUAGUCAAACUGCAUAAUGGCUGAAAAGAGCAACCAAAAUGACCAAGAGGAAGGAACACAUCAGCUAUGAGGAAAGACUGGGAUGUUUGGGACUGUGUAGCUUAAGAGGAAAAGAUCCUGAAAACUUGAAGACAAAAAUGAGAAGCACUGUAUCGGUCCGAGAAGGGCAAGGGGUUGUUCUGUUGUGUGGGCCACCAACACAUUCUGGAGAAUUUUCUUAUGCCUGGAUCUUCAAUGAAUACCCUUCUUUUGUACAAGAAGACAGCCGGCGAUUUGUUUCUCAGGAAACCGGGCACCUCUACAUAGCCAAAGUUGAGUCAUCUGAUGUAGGCAAUUAUACAUGUGUUGUGACAAGUACAGUAACAAACUCCCACAGUCUUGGCUCGCCAACACCCUUAGUACUGCGUACUGAUGGUGUAAUGGGAGAAUAUGAACCCAAAAUAGAAGUGCAGUUUCCUGAAACACUGCCUGCUGCCAAAGGUUCAACUGUAAAAUUGGAAUGCUUUGCUCUUGGAAACCCAGUUCCUCGGAUAAACUGGAGAAGAACAGAUGGAAACCCCUUUCCAAGCAAAGUAAUGUUAAGGAAGUCCAACGGGAUGAUUGAAAUUCCCAAUUUCCAACAAGAAGAUGCUGGCCUCUAUGAGUGCAUUACUGAAAACUCUAGAGGAAAAAAUAUUGCAAGGGGACGCCUCACAUAUUAUGCAAAACCUCACUGGGUUCAAUUGAUAAAGGAUUUUGAAGCCGCAGUAGAAGACAACCUAUACUGGGAAUGCAGGGCAAGUGGCAAACCGAAGCCAUCGUACAGGUGGCUGAAAAAUGGAGACCCUCUAACAAUAGAGGGAAGAAUACAAAUUGAAAAUGGGGCUUUGAUCAUAACAAAUCUAAACUUGACAGAUUCUGGCAUAUACCAGUGUGUAGCAGAAAACAAACAUGGGACUAUAUAUUCCAGUGCUGAUCUCAGAGUUGUAGCGUCUGCUCCUGACUUCUCUAAAAAUCCAAUGAAGAAACUGCUUCAGCUUUUAAUGGGCAGCACAGCUCAUUUUGAGUGCAAGCCAAAAGCUUCUCCUAGAGCGAUGAUUACUUGGAAAAAGGGAGGUGAGCUGCUUCAAGAAAAUGAAAGAAUAUCAUUGUUGAAAGAUGGAGGACUGCGAAUAGCUAAUGUGAGCAAAUCAGAUGCUGGAAGUUAUACUUGCCUGGCCGAGAACCAGUUUGGAAAAGCUAGUAGCUCAACCAGCUUAUUAGUUACAGAGCCAACCCGGAUAACUCUGGCACCUUCAAACAUGGAUGUUACCGUAGGAGAAAGUGUAAUCUUGCCCUGUCAAGUCCAGCAUGAUCCCCUGCUGGACGUAAGUUUCACGUGGUAUUUUAACAGUGCAUUGACUGACUUCAGAAAGGAUGCAUCCCAUUUUGAAAGAGUAGGUGGGAGUGCAUCAGGAGACUUAAUGAUUAGGAAUAUCCAGCUGAAACACAGUGGAAAAUAUGUGUGCACGGUGAAGACAGAGGUGGAUAGCGUGUCAUCUGCAGCUGAGCUGAUAGUGCGAGGCUCACCAGGACCACCUGAAAAUGUAAAAGUGGAUGAAAUAACAGCUACCACAGCUUGGCUCUCUUGGUAUGAGGGCUUAGAUAAUCACAGCCCAGUCACUGGUUACACUGUACAAGCCAGGACACCAUUUUCGGUGGGUUGGCAAAGAGUCACAACAGUUCCUGAAGUCAUUGAUGGGAAAACAUUCACAGCUACAGCCGUGGACUUAAACCCUUGGGUUGAAUAUGAAUUUCGUAUAGUUGCCAGUAACAAAAUUGGAGGUGGAGAACCUAGUUUACCCUCAGAAAAAGUAAGAACUAAAGAGGCAGUUCCUGAAGUACCACCAUCUGAAGUAAGUGGAGGAGGUGGCAGCAGAUCUGAAUUGGUCAUCACAUGGGAUCCUGUUCCUGAAGAAUUGCAAAAUGGUGAAGGAUUUGGUUAUGUUGUUGCUUUCCGACCUCUUGGUGUGUCAACCUGGAUACAGACAGUUGUGACAUCACCGGAUACACCCAGAUAUGUCUUUCGAAAUGAAAGCAUCUUGCCAUUUUCUCCAUAUGAAGUCAAGGUUGGCGUGUACAAUAAUAAAGGAGAAGGACCCUUUAGUUCUGUGGCCACAGUGUAUUCUGCUGAAGAGGAGCCCACUGUAGCACCUUCUGGCGUAGCUGCAAGCAGUCUCUCAUCUUCUGUAAUUGAAGUAUCCUGGAUUUCCAUUCCUUGGAAAAUGAGUAGCGGGAGAUUGCUCGGCUAUGAGGUCAGAUAUUGGAACAAUGGUGGAAAAGAACAGUCUUCUAACAGAGUAAAAGCAAUUGGAAAUGAGACAUCAGUAAGAAUAACAGGCUUGAAAAGCAACCUGGUAUACUUCACAGCUGUCCGUGCAUACAACAGUGCUGGAGCAGGACCAUUCAGUGCCACUGUGAACGCUACCACCAAAAAAACACCACCCAGCCAGCCUCCAGGAAACAUUGUGUGGAACGUUUCAGACUCCAGGGUAGUACUGAAUUGGGAGCAGGUGCAUGCAAUGGAAAAUGAAUCAGAAGUAAUUGGCUAUAAGGUUCUAUACCGGACUAGCAACCAGAACCAGCUCAGUGUCCUGAUCACAAAUAGAACAUCUGCAGAACUUCUGCUACCUUUAAAUGAUGACUAUAUUAUAGAAGUGAAAGCAGCAACUGAUGGCGGAGAUGGGAUUAGCAGCGAACAGAUUAAAAUCCCUAAACUAGCAAGUAUGGAUGCAAGAGGGUCUGGUGCAGACAUCUUACAUUGUCGGUCCAGUUUUAUGUCAAUAACAGUUUUCUUAAUUUUUGAAGCAGUCUUGUGGUGAUCCAUUCUCUCACAUAUAGGCCAAACCCUGGAGAAUCAUUUACCGAAAAAGUGCUUUUAGAACAAUAACAGCAGCAGAUGGUGGUUAUGCAUGGAUCUACUGCCACUCUGAAUUUAAACUUGUUCUAUGACUUUGGAUAUUUGAUUCAAAACAAAACAUAAACAAAGCCUACACACAUUAACCGGUUCCUUCUGAAGGAAUAUAAAAUGCCUUAAAAUGUAAUGAACCAAAGGAGUUUUCACAUUACAUGCUUCAGAAAUGACAAAACUAAGUUGAUGAGCAUUGGGAAAAGUUUUGAGAGUUCCAUUUUCCAAGUAACAUGAAAUUAUUUUAACAUAGAUUGCAGCAUAGCUGCCCUAAUACUCACACAUGGAAGACAAAAACAGAUCUGUAUUUCACCAGUAUUUGAUGGGAAACUUUGAAUUCUUUUUCCAAAAGCCUCAAAGCACUGAAUUACAUUUGGACAAAAUGUUGCACUGAUAUUCUGUUUAAUAACCUCAUCUGUCACACAUACAUCUGUGCAAAUGAUCUCACAUUCAAAAGGACCUUGUUCACUCUAAAGCCUAUCUAACCCAUCUCUACCCAUCAAAAUAUUUGUACACAGUAUGUGAUUCCUUGGUUGCUUAUGCUUAUUUUUAAAAAAUCAGUUUCUACAUUCAAGUUUUUAUGUAUUUCUUAAUCCUACUUUAAUUGAGGAAGGUGGCAUUGAUAUGCUACAGAUGGGUUCCACUAUUAUCUCUUAAGAUGCAAAGGAACUGUCUAUACAAUAUCAUAAUUUAGAUAUCAAAGCAUUCAGAAUAUUUUUCUUCUUGCAUUUGGAGCACUGAGUGGAUAUAUGAUCUUGUUGCCCAUUCUUCUCAUAUGGUGCUCCCAUGGGGAAGCUGUUUUUCAGCAGCAUCACAAGGCAUUUAUCCCUGAUCUGUUUUGUUUUCUUGUCUUUGUUCAGCUAUGCAGCAUCCUAACCCUGGCAAAAAAUUCUUUAGGCUUGUGAAUUUAUGGUUGUUGUUUUUAAAAUUAUACUAAACACCCUAUAAACUAUCCUUACUCAUCUCAUUUUCAUCUGUUUCCCCAAGCUUGCCUUGCAACUUUCAGCAGUAACUUCAGUUCCUUGUAUUUUAAUACUGCUCGCUAUACAUCAUAUACAUCAUUGUAUUUUUUAAAGCCCAGAGUAGAACAUCAUACUUUUAGGCCUCAUAUCCAGGGAAUAUUAUCACCCUAAAUGAUAUGUUGUGUAUGUGCAUAGACAGUCUUGAAUUUAUUGCCCUUCAAUGUGCCACUUCAGUAUUUUCUGUCUCUUCCAUCGCAUCCCUUUUGCAUAUUGCUCUUGCUGCAGUUUCUCCACCCACUGUUUAGAAUUAUUCUGGAUGAUAGCAAAUCCCUUGCAGUUUCCUAUUUAUAAGCAAAGAUUUUUCUUGGUGUCAUUAACUGAAGUCUGUACUCCCAGAGCAAAGGGUGCAUAAAAAUCUAUACCUGGCACAUUUGAUUUGCUAUAGUUUUAGUGCUCAUGCAAGUAAUUUGCAUCCCAAAAUAAUAAUGGCACACACUCCCACACUUUUACCUAAGAUAGGUGUCAUCACAAGAAUGAGACCUGUAAAAUGCAAACAUUGGCCUUUAUUUUAUUAUGUGCUCAGCUCAAAUGAUCAAAGUUCAAUAACUGGGAAACACGCUUCUUUUCUAAUUUUCCUGAGGUGUGUGGGGAUGUAUAUAAUGUAUAUAGUAAAAUAAUAUAAAUAGCUAAUUGCUCUUCAACAUGGCAAACUAUUGAUGCUUCCAAACACUUACCAAUAGGUGGUAACAAACUCCUUCGUGUAUUUUGCAUCCAUGCAUUGAAUGGUCCAUUUGCCAUUCUUCUUACAUCAAAGUGUUCCCUAACCUCCUGCCUUUCAGGCAUUUGGGACUUGAAGUCCCCUCAACCUCAUUCAGCAUGCCCAGCCAUCAAGAAGCAGUCUGAAACAUCCAAAAGGCACAAGGUUGGGGAGGGCUUUUUAACAUCCUGUUCUUGUACUGCCAUUUUCACACUCACUUUACAGAAUUUAAAUUUAAACUGUAAUAUCUCCAUGAGAUGUGUACAGAGUAUUUUGUUUCAUAUUGAAAAGUUUUAUCAAUUUUUCCUCCAACUUCUAGCUGUGUGUGUAUAUCCUAUGGUUAACUGUACGUAAUCUUUUUUUAUUCUAAUAAAACAUUUAUAACAUUGAAAA